CGCCAGGCGGGGAUGCGGGCGCCCGCGGCCCCGGCCGCGCCGCCCGCCCAGACACAGGCGCAAGAUGGCAGAUGCCGACUGAGGCGGGGGGGGCCCGAGCUCGCGCGCCGCCGGCCCGGCGCCGUUGCCAUGAACCGCGGACAGCCCGGCCCCGAUGGCCCCCGUGCGCGAAGGUAUGGCCUCGCAGGUGCAGGUGUUCUCCCCUCACGCCCUUCAAUCAAGUGCCUUCUGUAGUGUGAAGAAACUGAAAGUCGAGCCGAGCUCCAACUGGGACAUGACCGGCUACGGCUCCCACAGCAAAGCCUACAGCCAGAGCAAGCUCGUGCCGCCUUCGCAGCCAGCCGCCACAACCGUCAGCACCUCCUUGGCCCUCCCCAACCCCAGCCUCCCCUACGAGCAGACCAUCAUCUUCCCAGGAAGCGCCGGGCACAUCGUGGUCACCUCCGCCGGCGGCUCGUCGGUGCCGGGGCCCGUCCUUGGCGGGCCCCACAACCUGAUGCGUCGCAGCACUGUGAACCUCCUGGACACCUACCAAAAAUGCGGACUCAAGCGCAAGAGUGAGGAGCUCGAGAACACGAGCAGCGUGCAGAUCAUCGAGGAGCACCCGCCCAUGGUCCAGAACAAUGCCAGCGGGGCCACGGUUGCCACGGCCACCACCUCCACCGCCACCUCCAAGAACAGCGGCUCCAACAGUGAGGGCGACUACCAGCUGGUGCAGCACGAGGUCCUGUGCUCCAUGACCAACACCUACGAGGUGCUGGAGUUCCUGGGCCGCGGGACCUUCGGGCAGGUGGUCAAGUGCUGGAAGCGGGGCACCAACGAGAUCGUGGCCAUCAAGAUCCUCAAGAACCACCCGUCGUACGCCCGGCAGGGCCAGAUCGAGGUCAGCAUCCUGGCCCGGCUCAGCACCGAGAGUGCCGACGACUACAACUUCGUGCGGGCCUACGAGUGCUUCCAGCACAAGAACCACACCUGCCUGGUCUUCGAGAUGCUGGAGCAGAACCUCUACGACUUCCUCAAGCAGAACAAGUUCAGCCCCCUGCCCCUCAAGUACAUCCGGCCCGUGCUCCAGCAGGUGGCCACGGCCCUCAUGAAGCUCAAGAGCCUGGGCCUGAUCCACGCCGACCUCAAGCCCGAAAACAUCAUGCUCGUGGACCCCGCCCGGCAGCCCUACCGGGUCAAGGUCAUCGACUUCGGCUCGGCCAGCCAUGUGUCCAAGGCCGUGUGCUCCACCUACCUGCAGUCCAGAUACUACAGGGCCCCCGAGAUCAUCCUGGGCCUGCCCUUCUGCGAGGCCAUCGACAUGUGGUCGCUGGGCUGUGUCAUUGCCGAGCUGUUCCUGGGCUGGCCGCUCUACCCUGGCGCCUCCGAGUACGACCAGAUCCGCUACAUCUCACAAACGCAGGGCCUGCCGGCAGAAUAUUUAUUAAGCGCUGGGACAAAGACAACCAGGUUCUUCAACCGUGACACCGACUCUCCGUACCCUUUGUGGAGGUUGAAGACCCCGGAUGACCAUGAGGCCGAGACGGGGAUCAAGUCGAAAGAGGCACGGAAGUACAUCUUCAACUGUUUGGACGACAUGGCCCAGGUGAACAUGACCACGGACCUGGAGGGCAGCGACAUGCUGGUGGAGAAGGCCGACCGGAGAGAGUUCAUUGACCUGCUCAAGAAGAUGCUCACCAUCGACGCCGACAAGCGGGUCACGCCCAUCGAGACCCUCAACCACCCCUUCGUCACCAUGACCCACCUGCUGGACUUCCCGCACAGCACCCACGUCAAGUCCUGUUUCCAGAACAUGGAGAUAUGCAAGCGUCGUGUCAACAUGUAUGACACCGUGAACCAGAGCAAAACCCCCUUCAUCACGCACGUGGCCCCCAGCACGUCCACCAACCUCACCAUGACGUUCAACAACCAGCUGAACACUGUCCACAACCAGGCUCCCACCUCCACCAGUGCCACUAUUUCCUUAGCCAACCCCGAAGUCUCCAUACUAAACUACCACUCUGCACUCUGCCAGCCCUCCGCGGCGUCCAUGGCCGCGGUCGCCCAGCGGAGCAUGCCCCUGCAGACGGGGACCGCCCAGAUCUGCGCCCGGCCCGACCCCUUCCAGCAAGCCCUCAUCGUGUGUCCACCCGGCUUCCAAGGGCUGCAGGCCUCGCCCUCCAAGCACGCCGGCUACUCGGUGCGGAUGGAGAACACAGUCCCCAUCGUCACCCAGGCCCCCGGAGCCCAGCCGCUGCAGAUCCAGCCAGGCCUACUGGCCCAGCAGACCUGGCCGAGCGGCACCCAGCAGAUCCUACUGCCCCCUGCGUGGCAACAGCUGACGGGCGUGGCCACCCACACGUCGGUGCAGCACGCCACCGUGAUCCCCGAGACCAUGGCUGGCACGCAGCAGUUGGCCGACUGGAGGAACACGCACGCCCACGGCGGCCACUACAACCCCAUCAUGCAGCAGCCCACGCUCCUGACCGGCCACGUGACCCUGCCCGCCGCCCAGCCCCUGAACGUGGGGGUGGCCCACGUGAUGCGCCAGCAGCCCACCAGCACCGCCUCCUCCCGGAAGAGUAAGCAGCACCAGUCGUCGGCCAGAAACGUCUCCACCUGCGAGGUGUCGUCGUCCCAGGGCGUGAGCUCCCCGCAGCGGUCCAAGCGGGUGAAGGAGAGCACGCCGCCCCGCUGCGCGCUGGUGCACGGCAGCCCGGCCUGCAGCUCGUCGGUCACCUGUGGCUGGGGCGACGGGGCGGCCAGCAGCACCCGAGAGCGGCAGCGGCAACCCAUCGUCAUCCCCGACACCCCCAGCCCCACCGUCAGCGUCAUCACCAUCAGCAGCGACACGGAUGAGGAGGAGGAGCAGAAGCACGCCCCCACCAGCACCGUCUCCAAGCAGAGGAAGAACGUCAUCAGCUGCGUCACGGUGCACGACUCCCCCCACUCCGAGUCGUCCAGCGCCACCAGCCCCUACUCGGCGCAGCACCGCGCCGGGCACCAUGCCAGCGCCCUGGACACCAAGGGGAGCCUGGAGGAGCACCGCUCGGGGAACCCCCGCACCAUCAUCGUGCCACCCCUGAAAACCCAGGCCAGCGAAGUGCUGGUGGAGUGUGACAGCCUGGGGCCAGUCAGCACCAGUCACCACCCGCCCUCCUACAAGCCCAAGUCCUCCAGCAACGUGACCUCCACCAGCGGUCACUCUUCAGGGAGCUCGUCCGGAGCCGUCGCCUACCGGCAGCAGCGGCCGGGCCCACAUUUCCAGCAGCAGCAGCCGCUCAAUCUCAGCCAGGCGCAGCCGCACGUGGCCGGGGACCGCGCGGGGAGCCACCGCCGCCAGCAGGCCUACAUCGCGCCCACCAUGGCGCAGGCCCCCUACUCCUUCCCGCACAACAGCCCCAGCCACGGCACGGUGCACCCGCACCUGGCCGCCGCCGCCCACCUCCCCGCCCAGCCCCACCUCUACACGUACACGGCGCCCGCCGCGCUGGGCUCCAGCGGCACCGUGGCCCACCUGGUGGGCUCGCAGGGCUCGGCGCGCCACCCGGUGCAGCACCCCGCCUACCCCGCGGGCAUCGUGCACCAGGUGCCGGUGAGCAUGGGGCCCCGCGUCCUGCCCUCGCCCACCAUCCACCCCGCCCAGUACCCAGCCCAGUUCGCCCACCAGACCUACAUCAGCGCCUCGCCGGCCUCCACCGUCUACACUGGAUACCCGCUGAGCCCCGCCAAGGUCAACCAGUACCCUUACCUAUGAAUACUGC